AUGUUUCCAACAGGUUUCUCAUCUCCCAACCCCCCAGGUGCUGCUGCUCCUCCCCAGGAGGUCAGACCUGCCACUGAAGGUCAUGACAGCACCAACCCUACCUUGGCCACCUUCACCUCCUAUUCCAAGAAAAGAAAGUUAAACAACAGCAGCAGCAGCAGCAACCCAAAAGAAGACUUUGAUCCCAUCCCUUGUUCCUGCUCCUCCCCACCCCCCAAGAACUCCUCUCUAGCCUCUUGUCCAAGGAUUUCAGUUGCUGCCCCCAACCAUCACCAGCUCCAGAAGAAACUGCAUUUGGUAGACUCCUUGGAUUUUAUAGGACUUGAUGUGAAGAUGGCCGAGGAACAGGCAUCUUCUUCUUCUUCACCUGGUCUUGCUGUAUCUCAGCAGCAGGAACUUAACAAAAACUUAUUAAUUUCCUCUGUGGCUAAAGGGCACCAUGCAAAUGAGCUGACCAAAGCACCCACUACUACCACUAGCUUCACCAACAGCAAAUCAGGCUCAGCCAAGAAACUGGUGAUCAAGAACUUUAAAGACAAACCUAUGCCGGAAAACUAUACAGAUGAAAUUUGGCAGAAACUGAAAGAAGCAGUGGCAGCCAUUCAGAACAGCACUUCAAUUAUAUACAAUUUAGAAGAACUCUAUCAGGCUGUUGAAAACCUCUGUUCCUACAGGAUUGCUGCAAACUUAUAUAAACAGCUGAGACAGAUCUGUGAAGAGCACAUCAGAUCCCAAAUUCACCAGUUCCAGGAGGAUUCACUAGAUGGUGUUCUGUUUCUAAGGAAGAUAGAUGAAUGCUGGCAUACUCACUGCAGACAAAUGUCCAUGAUUAGGAGCAUUUUUUUGUUCCUGGACAGAACGUAUGUUCUUCAGAAUUCAAUGCUGCCUUCCAUUUGGGACAUGGGUCUAGAAUUAUUUAGGACCCACAUAAUUAGUGAUCAGAAAGUCCGGAACAAGACUAUUGAAGGCAUUCUCAUUUUGAUUGAGAGGGAAAGGAAUGGUGAAGCAAUUGAUAGAAGUUUGCUUCGAAGCCUUCUGAGUAUGCUUUCAGACUUACAGAUUUAUCAAGAUUCUUUUGAACAGAAAUUUUUGGAAGAAACCAACCGGCUAUAUGCAGCAGAGGGUCAGCGUUUAAUGCAAGAAAGAGAGGUUUCUCAAUACUUUCAUCAUGUCAACAGACGUCUAGGAGAAGAAGAAGACAGACUGAUUACCUAUCUUGAUCUGAGUACCCAGAAGCCACUAAUUGCUAUUGUAGAAAAGCAACUUCUAGGUGAACACUUAAUAGCCAUCCUUCAGAAAGGCUUAAGUACCCUUCUAGAUGAAAAUCAGACUCAAGAUUUGACUCUGCUCUAUCAGCUGUUCAGUAGGGUAUGCAAUGGGAUUCCUGUUCUCUUGCAGCACUGGAUUGAAUACAUCAAGGCAUUUGGCAGUACUAUUGUCAUUAAUCCUGAAAAAGAUAAGACCAUGGUGCAAGAAUUGCUGGAUUUUAAAGAUAAAGUUGACCAUAUUAUUGACAUCAGCUUUAUGAAAAAUGAAAGGUUUGUCAAUGCCACGAAAGAAGCAUUUGAAACCUUCAUUAACAAAAGACCAAAUAAGCCUGCUGAACUCAUAGCAAAGUUUGUGGAUUCAAAGCUCCGUGCAGGUAACAGAGAAGCUACAGAUGAAGAACUUGAGAAAAUGUUGGACAAGAUCAUGAUUAUAUUUCGAUUCAUUUAUGGGAAAGAUGUCUUUGAAGCCUUUUAUAAGAAGGAUUUAGUCAAAAGACUGUUGUUUGGAAAGAGUGCAUCUGCAGAUGCUGAAAAAUCAAUGCUUUCCAAACUCAAGCAUGAAUGUGGAGCCAUGUUCACCAGCAAACUGGAAGGGAUGUUCAAAGACAUAGAGCUAUCCAAAGAUAUCAUGGUUCAGUUCAAACAGUAUGUGCAAAACCAAAACUUUCCUGUUAGCACUGAACUAACUGUGAAUAUCUUGACAAUGGGUCACUGGCCAACCUACCUGCCUAUGGAGGUUCACCUACCAGCUGAGCUGGUAAGACUCCAGGAGAUUUUCAAGACUUUUUACUUAGGUAAACACAGUGGGAGGAAGCUUCAGUGGCAAUCAACAUUAGGACAUUGUGUACUAAAGGCAGAAUUUAAAGAGGGGAAAAAGGAACUCCAGGUCUCUCUUUUCCAGACGCUGGUGUUGUUAAUGUUUAAUGAUGGUGAAGAAUUCAGUGUAGAAGAUGUCAAGCAAGCUACAGGAAUAGAGCAGGCAGAAUUAAGGAGAACACUUCAGUCAUUAGCCUGUGGCAAAGCUAGAGUUCUGAUGAAAAAUCCAAAGGGCAAAGAUGUGGAGGAUGGUCAUAAAUUUACUUGCAAUGAUGACUUCAGACACAAACUCUUCAGGAUAAAAAUCAACCAAAUCCAGAUGAAAGAAACAGUAGAGGAACAAGCCAGCACUACAGAAAGGGUCUUCCAGGACCGACAGCAUCACAUUGAUGCUGCAAUUGUGAGAAUCAUGAAGAUUAGAAAGGCUCUAGAUCACAAUCUGCUUCUUUCAGAAGCAUAUAACCAGUUGAGGUUCCCAGUUAAGCCUGCUGAUCUGAAGAAGAGAAUAGAAUCCUUAAUCGAUAGGGAUUACAUGGAAAGAGACAAAGAAAACCCCAACCAGUACAACUACAUUGCCUAAAACGUUCAUCUCUGAGCCCUUGCUAUAUCAUACACAGGUGCCAGUAGAUAAACUAGCC